AUUGAUUGUAAAAGGAAUACUUGUUUGAGAAAAAAUGUAUAUUUUACAUAAAGAAAUUGUAUUUCUAUUUUUUGUAAUAAAUUUUUGUCAAUAUUUAUGUGUUGCUUCAAAGAAUUAUUCUUCUACACCAACACCCAUCGUACUUUGGCAUGGCAUGGGUGACAGUUGCUGCUUUUCCUUUAGUUUGGGACAGAUAAAAAACAUUUUGGAGCAAGAAAUACCUGGAGUCUAUGUCAAGUCUAUUCGAAUUGGUGAUAAUGAAAUUGAGGACGUUGAAAAUAGCUACUUCAAAAAUGCAAAUGAGCAAAUAAAAGAAGUCUGUCAAGAUUUAAAAUCAGAUGAAAAAUUAUCAGAUGGAUAUAAUGCCAUAGGAUUUUCUCAAGGAAGUCAAUUUCUUCGAGCUGUUGCCCAAAGAUGUCCUGAUCCUCGGAUGAAAAAUUUAAUUUCUUUGGGAGGACAGCACCAAGGAGUUUAUGGUCUUCCUAACUGUGGAUCUUUGACAUAUCGCUUCUGUGAUUAUCUCAGAAGAAUAUUAAAUUAUGGAGCUUACUUGAACUACAUACAAAAUAAAUUCGUUCAAGCCGAAUAUUGGCAUGAUCCUCUCCAAGAAGAUAAAUAUAAGAAAAAGAGUGUUUUCUUAGCUGAAAUUAAUAAUGAACUUGUUAUUAAUGAGGAAUAUAAAAAAAAUCUACAACAGUUAGAAUCAUUUGUUCUCGUCAUGUUUACUCAAGAUACGAUGGUUCAACCCAAGGAGAGUGAAUGGUUUGGAUUUUAUAAACCAGGACAAUCAACAGAGUUACAGACCCUUCAAGAAUCUGAUCUUUACAUUCAAGAUCGUCUUGGACUAAAAAAAAUGGAUAAUGAUGGCAAGCUGCACUUUUUAUCAAUAGAUGGGAAUCACUUACAAUUCAACGACACGUGGUUGAAAGAAGAAAUCAUUACAAAAUAUCUUAUUUAAGAUUAAAAAUAAUUUUUUUAUAACUAAUAAUUUAAUUAUAAUUUUUCUACAAGUGUAUUUCGAAAAUGAAUAAAAAUCUCUGGUUGCAAGUAG